AUGGAAGAAAUAUCAGAUGCAAUCAAGUGAGAAUCAGCUUGAGCAGUGGUGACAUUAUAGAUAAUUAUGGGUGAUAAUGUGGCCUGGACUGCUUUAACAAAUGCUUCUUCUAAUCAGAACAGUGAAUCUUCUUCAAUGCACUGCUUCCAGUUUAGAUUAUGCACCACUGAAUUCACUAGGAUUCAUUUCUGAGUACAUGCAGUUAGGAUUGCAGCUUUACAUCCCAGAAUAAGGAAUUCUGUGCUCAUGAUGCAUAUUCAUAUGCCCUAACCUCAGCAAGCGAGGAGCGCAUGUUAAAUUUUAUUCUCUUCCUCCUAUAUCCUUCAAGUUAAGGGCAGCCUUAACACUCUGGAAGAAGCUGAGUAGUCAUAGCACAUCCAUACUUGGAGUGAAGACUCUGCUGCUGAUGGCAUACCUUUAAGCAAUGGUAAAGACUUCCACUGGGUAUUCCGAGAUUCUGAUGUUUUGACAGUUGGGCAGUUGUUAAAGAGAGUUCUCAGAGAUCCACUCAGAAGGAAGUUCAUCCUUUUUUUACAGAUCUCAUAUACCUGGUAAUUAUUUUAAGAAUUUUAUCUUCUCCAAUAAAUUCAUGUGAGAUGGCUCUCUUACAAUAUAGUUACAACCAAUGACUACGCUAAGAAAGAUCACCUCUGUAAACUAGCUACUGUACUUCCAGGGACACCACUGGAGCUUGUUAUGCCAGGAGUCAACCUUGCAGGUGAAUUUGCCUCUGGGAGGGGGGUACCUUAGUGAGGCUCUAGAAAUGGGGAAGGCAAUCUGCAGCCAUUGGAUUAAUUUCACAAAGGUGGAAGAAACCCAGUAAGAAAGAAACUGUUUUAGGUCCGUCCCCCCCCCCAAAAUGCUGCUCUUCUGUCCAUUUAAAUCAGGAAUGGGGAAACCUGUGGCCUUUCAGAGGUCACUAUGCUCCAACUCCCAUGAGUCCCAGGCAGCAUAGCCAAUGGUUAAGAAUGAUGGGUGUUGUAGUCUGGCAACAUCGGGAGGGACACAGGUCCCCCACCCCUGACUUAAACUGUUUUAGGGUAUUGCGAUUUAUAAAAUUAAUAUUAUUAUAUAGUAGUAAGGUUGAACACAAGGGAUGCAGGUGGCACUGUGGGUUAAACCACAGAGCCUAGGACUUGCCGAUCAGGUCGGCGGUUCGAAUCCCCGUGACGGUGUGAGCUCCUGUUGCUCGGUCCCUGCUCCUGCCAACCUAGCAGUUUGAAAGCACGUCAAAGUGCAAGUAGAUAAAUAGGUACCGCUCCGGCGGGAAGAUAAAUGGCAUUUCUGUGCGCUGCUCUGGUUUCACCAGAAGCAGCUUAGUCAUGCUGGCCACAUGACCCAGAAGCUGUCUGCAGACAAACGCUGGCUCCCUUGGCCUAUAGAGCGAGAUGAGCACGCAACCCCAGAGUUGUCCAUGACUGGACCUAACGGUCAGGGGUCCCUUUACCUUUAAGGUUGAACACACCUAGCAAAAUGCUGAUUAUUUCUUAAAUUAAGCAUCUGCUGGUAGGCGGUAAGAAAAAAUAAGAAUAGAAAGCUUUAAUAAGAAUAAAAAGUGAGUUUUUAAAUGUUUUAAUUUUGUAAACUGUUGCCUUUCCCAUGUUGUGAGCUCCAAAAUCAGAUUUCCUGCAGUCAGAAUACUUACUGCCAGUUCCUGCCCACAUGUCUCACAGUGACAUAACAUAGCCAUUAUGUGCCUUCCGCAGGUCAAAGAAAUCAAAGUACUUUUAAACCCCCACUUCCAUGCCACCAGAUAUGGGAGCUGAGGUUUGCAAGGCUCUGGAAAGUGUCUAUAGCUGAAUACGAUAAUAAACCAAGGGUGAGUGGCCAUGGAGGUUUGUAUCUCAUUAUCUUGCUGGGUUUGUAAACACGUUACAAGGAUGAUUCACUUUUAAGCCUUUCCACCAUUCAUCUCAACUCUACCCAAAGAUGGUGCCUUACACUCUGGAAACUAAUGACAUGUGAUUUCAGAAAUAAUUUGUUUUCAUCUGUGUAUAUAUGGCAUUGGAAUUGUGGAAAGGCAGACAUAAACUUCUAGCUGUGCAUUUUAUAAGCGACAAAGAAGCAAUGCAUUACUCCAGUUUCAGUAUAAAUGUAAAGUUUGAUGUUGCUGUGAACACUAGAAGCAUCACCAGAUUCUGCGUUCCCCUCAGCUGGCACUUUUGUUUACUUGGCAACAAGGUCUUGGAUAAGUAAACGCUACUCUCCAGAUUCUGAUUCUAGAAUUCUAGGAUUACCAUCGUGGCCUGUUCUCUAAUUUGUUGUAUUUUCUUCUCAAGCAUGACACGUAGGUAGGCUCUUAAGAAACAUGAGAAAUUCCCUAAGUGUUGAUUGGUGUGCAGUUUUAUUCCAAAUUGAAGUAAAAAAUUGCUCUAGGUUUUACAUGUCUAAUCUGCCAUAAGCAAGGAAGUAAACUAGAAGGCUGGUCUCAAAGUUUGUAAUCCCCUGAGAUAUUGCUUCUCAUCCUUCUUAACUCCUAAUCCCACCCACUUCUGUGGGCCAGGACAGCUAUCAGUGCCCAAAUCCUUCUAGUAUUCCCCACCAAGAGAGAUAUCACACAUUCGGUUUCAUUCCUCUCAAUCUUUCCCCAUCCUUGCUUCAGCUAUGCAAUAUCCCACCUGUUCAGUGUCCUCAGUUCCUCGGCAGCUGGAAAGCAGGUGGGAGUUUGCCACAUGAAGGCUGUCCCUUCAGGCGGAGAAGUACGGCAUUAUGAUUCUGCCCUGCAGACUCUUAUCCAUCACCAGGAUCAGCAAACAUUCUUUCCCCCCUUGUACACCUAAGUCCAGGUUGCUUCCGCCCAGCAGGUACUAUCUUCACAAGUAACUUAAUACUGGUCCUAUUUACUGUAUCAGGAACUGUCUGCUUUGCCCUUGCUACAGCUGGCCUAGAAACAAGAAUUUAGCAGAAUUUGUAUAAUGGCAUCCUCAUUCUGGGGGAAAGCUUUCCUUUCUGCAACCUUUGCUGCUCACAUUGAAAGCAAAACGAGGCCUGCCACUAAGAAAAGAAACGUUGGCAAAAGUUUAUCAGGGCCAGUGUGUGUGUGCACGCACAUUCAUCAUGACAGUUUUUUAAAUAAAAAAUGCAAUUAUUUCUCAAGUAGCCAUAUUUCUGCCAUUAAAUAUAAACAAAUCAGAAAAGGUGUUGCUUUGGGCAAACGAUUCCCCCCCCCCAUUUAUUCCAUAUGUAAAGAAGCAAAAAUAGUGAUUUGCUGCACAAAAUGCAUGUGAGGGCAAAUCAGUUUGCAAAACUUCAGAGUGCUUGAUAAACUAGGAUAGGGUACUCUAUUUGGAGCUAAAUUCCCAAGACUGUAUUUUAGAAUAAACUGCAAAAGUUCAAGGGGUCCGUCGCUUUUCUUCCACAUCUCUGUUUUGUCUCUUAAAAACUCUUAAGUCUUUUUCUCUCAGCGAGGAACUCUUCCCUAUUAAUGUCAUAGUCAUGAUCAUUAUUUAGUUGACAUUCAUAUUUAUCAUUCAAACGAUUCGAUGGAGUAAGGAAGGCAUAUUUUUCAGCAAGUUCAUGAAGCUGUUGAGAUCUCUUGGUGAUUUCUUGGAUCACUCUGUUCAGUGAAAGAAACAUUUCUCUCUUCAACUCAGCUUCACGACAAUUCAGCAUCAUCUCAUGAUUCUUCACCUGCCAACAGUUUCUUCUUUCUACACUGACAAUCCAUGACUAUACCCAGAUCAUCACAAAUUUCUUUUGUGUAAGCUACUGAAUUGUUAACUAAUUUGUCUCUAUUUUCAGUUUAAAAUGCUUUUAAAGCCUUGAGCUUCAUGCCACAUUGUUGUACUGUAUAUUCGGUCCUUUGGUUUGGAGGUAGACCUGUGUGUUGUUAGGUUCUAGAAGGAUGGAUUCCGAAAGCACAGGAAGGAAAACGAUUGAAAAGUAUCAGGCAGCACGCCAUCAUCUGACCUGGUACUUUCUUCUUCACCAGUUGAAUGCACUUCUACAGCAUUUAAUAUUUGUGAGUGGUUCUUUUUUACAACUCACAGCAUCUCCCUGUGCAUUCCACUGCGUUUCAACUACACGCAUGACACUUUUGACCGGUGACUGAAGUCUUGGUGUGGCUUUGCCUUUUCCUAUUUUUGUCUUAGAAGGAGAGGCCAUCUCUCUAUGGAAGAGUACCUGCUUUAAAUGCAGAAGGACCAAAUUUAAAUCUGGCAUUUUCUCCGGAUAUGGCUUGGAAGCCUCCCACCUAAAACCUGGCAGGGCAGCUUUUAAAACGAUAACUGAUUACAUUGGGCUCAGUGCUUUCACAUCCAAGUCCAGCUUUCCCACCAUCUGAUAACAGAUAAAUUGCUAUUGUUAUUACCUGCCCUUCGCCCUAAGGUCCUAGGAUGGGUUUCGUGAAUUAAAACACUAUGUAAAAACAGUUUAAAAGGACCUGUUGCAUGGAUCGACAGUGCAAACUUAAACCAUGUCUACUCAGAAAUAAGUUCUGUUGUAUUAAAAUGAGGCUUGUUCCCAGGUAAGAAGGGCUAGAAUUUGCUUUCCUAAUACGGCAAGAAAAUGUGUUGGGGCCGGCAUUACAUUCUCCUUUAAAUGCAACUUUUGUUGUUGUUUAGUCGUUUAGUCGUGCCUGACUCUUCGUGACCCCAUGGACCAGAGCACGCCAGGCACUCCUGUCUUCCACUGCCUCCCGCAGUUUGGUCAGACUCAUGUUGGUUGCUUCUAUAACACUGUCCAAACAUCUCGUCCUCUGUCGUCCCCUUCUCCUUGUGCCCUCAAUCUUUCCCAACAUCAGGGUCUUUUCCAGGGAGUCUUCUCUUCUCAUGAGGUGGCCAAAGUAUUGGAGCCUCAGCUUCAGGAUCUGUCCUUCCAGUGAGCACUCAGGGCUGAUUUCCUUCAGAAUGGAUAGGUUUGAUCUUCUUGCAGUUCAUGGGACUCUCAAGAGUCUCCUCCAGCACCAUAAUUCAAAAGCGUCAAUUCUUCGGCAAUCAGCCUUCUUUAUGGUCCAGCUCUCACUUCCAUACAUCACUACUGGGAAAACCAUGGCUUUAACUAUACGGACCUUUGUUGGUAAGGUGAUGUCUUAUUAUGCAACUUAUUAUUAUUAUUAUUGGGGAAUGGAGGAAUCCCGCAAGCCCAGGUGAGCUUUGAACUGGGUCAGUUUUGGAGGAUUGUGGCACGAUCCCACUUACAGCGGUGGGAGACGAGCACCUAUUACAGCAAGAGCCUCUUUCCUCGGACAGCAGCCGAGUCGGUCCAUCACCCACCUACAACACCCGUUAGUGCCUCCGAUGUGAUCGGACCCCUUGCCUGGAUUAGUUCGUUUUGAAUGAAGCUGCAGUUUGGGCGCUUCUUGAAAUUGCCCCGCAGAAGCGGAGCAGCAGCAGCAGCAACAGCAGCGCCGAGAGGGUCGGGACAGGGGAGAGGGGCUCGGGCGGCGGUAGCCUUGGCGCUGGUUUCAGAGGAAGUCCACGGGCGGACAGACGAAUGAAUGAUUGAGCGAGCAGGACUCCCCCGCGCGAAAAGGAGCGCGGGAAGGCUGCUGCACGCAAAGAAGCGAAAGGGCUCCUAGGUGUGCGCGCGCGUGCGCAAUGCGGCGCCGGCGUGUAAUCUCCCCCUCCUCCUCCUCUUGCUCUUGGGAUCUUCCAUCCAGAGCAGGAUCUGCGGGGGAGGGAGGGAGGGAGGAGGAGAGAAGCGGCUAAAGGGCGGGGAGAGCACCUUCUCGCCCUCCACCAGCUACACGGCGGGGAGCGAGAGGGGGGGCGGAUAUGCAUCUCACCUCCGCCCUUCCCGCCAGACUCUAAGUUCAACAUUGGGGAACUGGCGGCGGAGGGAGGGGAGGGGGGCGCGCAGAGAGAUAAGUUUAAAUGCUCCCCCUUCUGCCUGGGCUGCAGUAUUUUUCCAGCAAGAAAUAGCUGGAUGCCGGGUAGGACAAAGGCUGGGGAUCCCGGUUUGGAGGGCGAAGAGAGGCAAAAAGGUAAGCGCUGCGUGGGCGGGCGCCGUCUUCGCACUUUGUGGGGAGUUGCGGACUGCGGGGGGAGGGGGGAGUGUCGUGCAACUUGCAGUUAUGGCUCUUUUCAAUUAAAGGUAGCCUGCCUUUAAACAAAGAAGUUGUGCAGUUAUGAGUGCUCGAGCAGACCGGGAGUGGGGGUGGCCGAGAGGGAAGAGAGAGAGAGGUUUGUUCCCAAAUCUUUGGAGGUGGUCAAGCCUUGGUGAGAGCUCUGCAAAGAAGUGAUCGCGGCGAGGAAGUAGUAGAUCUCUCAGGUGCCCUCCCUUCGGAUGGGCUGGUGCACAUGGAAGCGUCCUUGGCGGCUUUUCUGCAAAAGGAAAGGGCGCGGGGAGGGGGAGGGACCCGUCUUGCAGGUAAGGCAGACCUGUGGCCGCCGAGAUUCCUUGGGCGACUGUGCAUGGAAAUCUGCAAUUUAAUAAAGCGGGGAGAAAACCCGGGUGUUUGAUAGAAGUUCGCUGGACUGAAUUGGACCCCGGUAGAAAACGUGGGUGUAAUUGCCCUUUCCCCUUACCCUCUCUCUUUUGGCGGGGGGAGGAUGUUACAACUAAAAGGUCUCAGCCAAAAGAACUUAAUAACAGCCAGAUCCCAUGCAGGGACAUGUGCCCUGAAGCCUCUUGAUUUCCGUAGGAUGGGGCUGUUAGGCUACAACCCAUAAACAACUUGACUAGGUAGAAAAUGUUGGUUAGUCUGGUUCACUGUUUAUUUCUCCCUACCUAGGUAUUGCCUUUCCCCCCAGACCAGAUUUUGGAUGGGAAGUCUAAAGAUGGAAGAGCCAUGGUGGAAAGGAGACCUUGCAGCAGAGAUUCAUCAGACUUUGAGGUUGAAGGUCAGUUAGCCUCCCUGUCUCUGCACUCUUACCUGCUCUGCCUUUGCUGUGUCCAAAACUUUUUUCCGUGGUGGUUGAUUCUUACAGUGAAAGACUGCAGUCCUCAAUGCACUUUAAAUGGGAGCAAGUUAGAAGUACAUUGCACCUUACACCUUAGGUUGCGCUGUAUGGAAGAAAGAUACUGAAUAGGUCGUCUUCGUCGUCGUCCCCCCAUCUACCUCUAGAAGAAAGCAAUAUGUAAUUACUCUGGACUCCAUUGUUAGUGUUGAUUCCUAUCCUGCUCCCAUGUAGUGUGCUGUUGGAAAACAAAACAAAAAAAAUCUUAAAUUGAUACAUUCAGCCAAAUUAUUUUUCAAGGUGGAUGAGAGCCUGAAUUGCAUGCUAAAAAGAUUGGCUCACUGUCUUCAACUCUCUUGCAAAAGCUGAUAAGUAGUCACUGUAGAUUAAAGAGGGAGUGAAUAUAUACCAUAUUUUUGCUCUAUAAGACUCACUUUUUCUCUCCUAAAAAUUACGGGGAAAUGUGUGUGCGUCUUAUGGAGUGAAUCUGCGCAGCGAUCCCUCUUGCUGUUCUGGCUUCUGAGAUUCAGAAUUUUUUUUUCUUGUUUUCCUCCUCCAAAAACUAGGUGCGUCUUGUGGUCUGGUGCGUCCUAUAGAGCGAAAAAUACGGUAGUUUAAAGCAGGAGACUGAGGCCCAGUCCUAAAUACAGUUAUUUGGAGUCAACUGGAUUUGUUUGCAAGAAAAUGUGUGGUUAGGAUCAGCAGCUUUUAUGGAAAAGAGUGUGGUGACGCAGACAGGGAAGAGGGCCAUAUGAAAGCAACUUUUCACUGGGGACUUGAUUAGGACACAUUCAUUCUAAGAAGGAUAUGUGUGAAAGGGAUAUUGCCUUGCAAAUGGGUCAGCGAGUUGAGAUAAAGCUGACAGUAUAGGUUUGUCCUGAAUGAGCCCCCUCCCUGAGCGUAUUCAGUGAUGCACCUUUCUGAGCUCCUAGAGCAUGAAAUAUAUACAUUUACAAGGAAAUGUCUCUCAACUGUGUUAAAUUCCUUAUUAGUUCUAGUGAAAAUCCUUGCUUUAAUAUUGCGGGUGCUGUGCACGUGUGCUGGUCUGAAGUGGUUACUGCGGUGCUGUUCCUUGCAAGCCUGCUUGCUCAGGUUCCUGUCCUCCACUCUGCAGUCAUACCUCGGGUUGAAUGUGCUUCGGGUUGAGCGCGUUCAAGUUGCGCUCCACGGCAACCCGGAGCUUGUUACUUCCGGGUUUUGCCGCUUGCACGUGCGCAGACGCUCAAAAUGACGUCAUGCGCAGAAGCGGCGAAAAGCAACGCGCGUGUGCGCAGACGUGCCAUCGCUAGUUACAUUUGCUUCUAGAUGCGACCGGGGCUCCGGAACGGAUCCCAUUCGCAUCUAGAGGUACCACUGUACCUAGCUUUUUGUCCUGUCCCUCCUCCGUGAGAGAUGUUUCCUCUGUCUGGGGGUUUGUUCCCAUGUCUUGGCAAAGGCAGUGUUUUUGGAGGGAGGGCCUUGAACAGGUGUCAAGCAUGACUUGGGGGAAAUGUGUCUUAGGUUCAUAUUCCUGCUAUUUGCAAGUAUGGAGGGGGUGUCUGCAUGUCUCAAAUUAACCAAAAGCCUUGUGGCACUUGAAAGACUUAAAAAAAAUUAUUAUGGUGUUAGCUUUUGUCAACUACAGCUUGCUUCACUAGAUGUAUGACGCAUUAUCCUGAGUUGACAGGUGUAUAUGCACAUGGAAAGAAAGAAAGAAAGAAAAAGAGAAAGGAAGGGGUUAGCCAUGAAGUUAGAGGGAAAUGGAGAUGUCGGAAAUACAGGUGGUGAUAAUUAUGUUAAAGUGUGGAUGUAUGUAAAAUCUUUAGUGAUCUUUCACAAAGCAUUGUUGAGGAUAACAUACACAUUCUGACGUGGGUAUGCCUUGAAGCAUGAGGGUAAUCUAAGAAAUUGUCAUAAACACAAUGGAAGAUCUUUUCACAAAAGGAAAACUAGUAAUUCUCAGAACCCUCCACCAGCCCACACAAAACAGGCAAUAGCAAUAGGCUGCAGGGCAUAUAUUUCUCACCCCUCCUACACCUUCCUUUGGCUUGUAUUUUUCCAUUGUUCAUUGUGUUCUUUGGUUACAAUUGGAAUAUGUCAAAGUGAAUAUACUUGUUCAAGGUGAAAUUUACACAGGAAAAGUAACUUGAAUUGUUGUGUGUUUUCUUUGGAAAGAAAAUUAUGUAUAGCUUUGUCUUUGUGUGUAACUUAUAUAUAUAGCUGAAUGAAAUGCCACAAUAGACGGUUGCCCUGGGUCCUUUUAAAUCCUGGGAAAUAAUGAGCAAAUGUCAGGAUUUCAUGAUAAUUUGAUUUUGUUAUCAUUUGGCACACCUGUCCCUUCUCAACAUUAGAUAUUUAGGAUGGUUUGCCAAGAGCAGGGGUCAGCAACCUUUUUCAGCCAUGGGCCGGUCCACCGUCCCUCAGACCAUGUGGUGGGCCAGACUAUAUUUUUUGGGGGGGAAAUGAACAAAUUCCUAUGCCUCACAAAUAACCCAGAGAUGCAUUUUAAAUAAAAGCACACAUUCUACUCAUGUAAAAACACACUGAUUCCUGGGCUGUCCGUGGGCCGGAUUGAGAAGGCGAUUGGGCUGCAUCUGGCCCACAGGCCUUGGGUUGCCUACCCCUGGCCAAGAGCAACAAAAGCCCCUGAGUGUCUCAGCUAGCCAGAGAAAAAUUCUUAUCCAAGGGUUGGUUCACUUGUGUUUCCCACAUGGCAUACACACACGGCAGAGAGCUGCCAGCCAAUCGAAAGAGAGUAUCCCACACUAGUAGUUCGUACUGUAUGUGUAUUUUAAGACACACACAUUCUAAUUUUUAACCUGUACACAACAAAAAAUACCACCUGUGAAUUGGCCCCAAGGCUUGAAGGAGAGAGUUAUGUAAUACUUGGUUGUCUUUAAGCUGCUACUUUUUAUAUAUACCAUACUUUUCCAUGUAUUGGACGAGGUUUAUGUAAAAAAACAACAACUGGGGUCGUCUUAUACAUGGAUAGUGGGUAGGGGUGACAGGUGAUUGGUUGCAGCCACGAGCUGCAGAUUGUCUUUGGUGUGUGAUUGGUUGUUCUUUCAAGGGCUGCUUUGGAUUGGCUGCCGCUGCGUCAGUUGUGCUUGCGAUUUCCUUCCGCUGUUGGCGAUUGGGCAGCCACUUGUUGCAGAUUUGAGUGAUUGUCAGUGAGUGACAUGAGUGAUUGUAACCAUCGGGUUAUUUACUGCACUCCCCCCCCAAAAAAAAAACACAACAACUUUGUGCCAUUUUCUAAAUUUGCCAUUUUCUUAUACACGGGGGCGUGUUAUACAUGGGAAAAUACGGUAUAUGAAGGAUAUAUCAUCUUAGUUUUGUAUAUGUAACCCUUUCUGACAUCAAACAAGAGGAUGGAGGCAUAUGUUGGGGGGGGGAAUCCGUUUGUUUUUCAAAAAACAGUAACAACCACACACUUAUUUACAAUAAUGAAUGAGAUACAGUAAAACAACGGAGUCCAGCAGCUCUCCUGGAUUCUGAAAAAAGAAUCCCAUCUCUGCUAUUCUUCAACUCUAGCCUUGUUCAAGCAUUAAGUUUCCCUCACAUAAGGAGGGCAGUGGUUUCCCCCCUCCAUGGACCACUUGAAAAUUGCUGAGGGCCUCGCUUAAUGAUAUUUCUGUCUGUUGUAGCAAUUGUAAUGAGCUUUGCUAGGUGCUGGAGGAUUUUUAAUGGUCUUUUACUUGCCACUUGUGUUAUAUAUCAAUUGUAUUCCAUGGGUUCAAAUUGCAAUACAAAAAUAUACAGUGCAAGUAUAAAAGAAGCAAGAAAAAAUACAAAUAAAAAAAAUCCUUAUCAGCAUUUAAUGUGAUGGCUGUGCCAUUUCCUAUCUUCAACCCAAAUCCGUAAAUAUGGUAUGGAUCACCUGAAUGAAACUCAUUGGAAACAGUUUGUGAACCCCUGGACUCGUGACGUCAUGGCGCUGUGUCCAUCCGCACUGCACUCUGUGUGUGGAAUGGCAAACUGUCUGGUUCCUAAAUUGCACGAGGAACCUCUGCAAAUACAGUUUUAGGCAUGUGAACGGCAGCAGCGACAGACAUGGGGUUGGGGGCAGGCAACUCUUCCUCCUGUCAUCGCAUGAGGGAGAGGGACUCCACGCCUGUUUCAGGGUCUAUCAAGGCAUGGCAACAGUCUGGGCUGAGUUUCACAAAACUUUGAAGCAAGUAGGGAUUGGUAAGGUUUACAUUGGAACUUAAUCCUUCAAAAGCCACCGUGUAGUUAUUCCAGGUAAGUGGACUGGUGACUGGAGACAUCAGAAGGCAAACAAAACAAUGUUUUCAAGUGGCAGCAAUCUGGGGGAUCAAAACUUGUUCAUAUACACGUGCAAUGUGUAGGGCAUUCGGUUCAUUUGUAUGUGCUUUUAAGCCUGCUUUUGUGCCUUAUGCUUUAUUGUACAGUAAACACAAUCUUUUUCCGGUAACCCACAAGCAGUGUCGGCUUUAAAUAAUGCAAUAUAUUUACGUAGGAUGCCUUCUUUUACCCAAAUUGCUAUGCCCCACUAUGGCCCAAGCUUUUUCUGAAAAAAGUUGUACCCCACCCUACUCCACAUCGUACAAUUUGGAACAAAUUGUAGGCCAUACGCCAUUUGACAUAUGGCUCCUUCCUUGCAUUUGCAAAAUUAAGUUCACAUCCUCAAAUAGAAAGGAUGGGUUGCUGGCUCCCCAAAUGUACUGUGCUUCUGAAUGCAACUUUAGAGAGGGAUCGAGUCGUUAGAAAUUUUGGAAGUGGAAAAGACAACAUUGUUGCUGUUGUUUAAUAUUCCAAGCAAAUGUUCCAAGACACACUUCUGACUAGAAAUAUUGCUCUGAAAUUGAUUCUUAGGCAUAUUUCACUGUAUUUGGCAAAGGAUGACGUCCUUCCGUGUCAGCUUGUCGUGCAACAAACUUACUCUUGCGCUCCUGGGCUUUUCCUCCUCCCCUUCAUUCAACACCAGAUCUCUUCUUGAAGAUUUGGCAGCCCUUCAGAGCAGAUGUGGGCAGCAGAGGGAGGGAAAUCUGUGUUGUGUUCCCUGGCGCAGUCGGUGUUGGAUAGUGCCUACAGUAUUUAUUGAGUGCCCAGCACAUGAUGUGAUGGUGUCCAUAUUGCUGAGAUGAGAAACCUGUGGCCCUCUUGAUGUUGAACUACAGCUCCCAUCAUCCCUGACUGCUAGUCAUACUGGCUGGGGAGUGAUGGACUCCGUUGUUUUACUGAGGAGUGAUGGAAGAACGAUGCCCAGUCCUGUACCAAAUGGCGUGUCAAUACAGGUGGCGGCCAUUUUGCGUGCGUUCAGUUGAUGUGUGAUCUCGGAUGCACAGGUCAUUUUGGAAAGAGAAUGUAGGCACAUGGUUUCUAUGUUGUGGUCCAUUGUCGGCCUACAGACCUAAGCUGCUUACCAAGCCAUCAGGUGCAACAUGCCUCUCGUUGAAUCUACUGUAAUUAUACUCUUAUUUGGUAAAUAUUUAUUGUAAAUGAAGAGUUGUGUCCAUGGGGUGGGGUGUAAAGGUGGUGUUUUGAGUUGUUCAGUGAGCAGUGUAGAAUUCCUUGCUAGCUGGAGGACGGGGUGUUUUGGUUUUAGGCAACUUUUCUGGAAAGCUGGAUCUUUCAAAUACAGCCAGCUCAAAACUCCAUCCCUGACUGGGAUGUUUUUAAAACCUUCAUCUGGAAUCUGCUGAGGUCAAAUGAGAUGUUGCCUCUUGGAACAAGACUGGAGGCUUCCAUCUAAUAAUUGUUAUGUUAGCUUGUGAAUGGGCCUUGUGUCUAAACAGACAGAUAAGCAUGUUUGCCUGAGGAAAUGGGUCCUCUUCACCUUCACAUAAAUAUUUACAGUGCUGUCCUUUUAUGUAAGAGGUCUUAUCUUGCAGUUGGUUAAGAAGUAAUUCAUGAACUGGCUUAUCCUUUGAAAAACUAAUUUCAUCCCAUUUUCAUACUUUUAAUACAGUGGACCUGUAAGUGGGCUUCAGCUUUAAAUUUCUUGUCUGGGCUGCAAAUUCAUUUUAUGCAGUUUGAUUAAAUAGUGCCCAAAAAUGACUAUGUAAGUCAUUGAAAAGUUAUUGACUUGUUCUGAACCUGUAAAUGGGUGGUUUCUAAAUUCUUUACUUGGGAGAGCCAACAAUGGAAGAUAAACUUUUCUUUCGAAUUUGCCUUUGGAUUCCAACCUUCUGCUGAAUUUGCCUCUAGGCCAAACAAGACCUGAAGCCAACUGCUUGAGUGCCUAAAUUAACAUGUCUUAGGUUUUCUAGUGUAAGUAGCAGCUGUUGGGGCCCUGAGCAGGAUUGAGAUGUUUAAUCCAAAACACACGGGGGGGGGGCAGACGCUUUUCCCAGGUCUAAUAGGUGUGACACAGUUGUUAAUGAAAAAUUAAUUGUACACCUGUAGGAUUGGUUUUAACUAUGCUUUGAAUAUUGUAUUUUUUGUAUUUUAUCUUUGUUUGUAUUGUACACUGCUUUGGUGACCUCAGGCUGUCAAGCAGUUUAUACAUUUGUACAAUAAAUAAAAUAGUAGCUCCCCUUAAAAACUAACAAUUAUUGUGGCAGUCCAUGAAAGGUUAUACCAUCAUAAAUGUGUUGGUCUUUAAUGGGUGCAGCAGUCUGUUUGUUUCUUUAUAAAUAAUGUUGGUUCCUGGUCUUGAGCCCUGUGGGAGGGGAUUGCUAGCUGAUGGUGGGUUGUUGUUGUUGUUUAGUGUGGGUCUCCCCCUGCCCAUUGCCUGAUUCUCAGGAGUAUGAAUAGUUGUCGCAAGUUUUCAUUGUCUUUCAAAAACAGGUUGGAUGUUCAUCCAGAACAAGAGCUGGGUUGCUUUUUAUUGCGUUAGUUGCUAAGCACUUGCCAGAACAGGUGGUGGAUGGUGAUCUGUGGAUUUUGGCUUCUGAAAUGGAUAUUCAUGUUAAUACCCCUUCUCUCUCUCUGUCUCUCUUUCUUUCCUCCCCCUCCUUUGUGUUGCCAUAGGAGCUGAAGCUGCCCGUGUACAAGGCCCAUUCUCCGCAAAUCGGGAUGCGGCGCUAUUUUGCUGA